UAUAUUGUAUAUUUAUGCUUAAUUUAAUAUAUAUUUAUCAUAUUUGCCUACAAAAUAACUUAUUUCAAAAUUGUUGAGCGUUUAGGCUACAACAAGGAAAGCGUAUGAGUGCGUUGGCAAACCUAAUCGGUCGCAGCCAUAAAGGGCGCCCGCGUUUGAAAAUCACCAAGCCAUUGUUGUGUUAUGUGUCGUGCGGUUGUCAUUUUUCUCGGUCGUUUACUUAAUAAAAAGAAAAUAACUGUUCGGUCAUGGGUGUCCAAGGUUUAUGGUCCAUCGUCGAGCCGGUUCGGGAGUCCGUGCCACUGUACAGUUUGAGCGGAAAGACGCUUGCGGUUGACCUCAGUUUGUGGAUCUGUGAGGCCCAGCACGUCCAAGCAAUGAUGGGCAGAGUCACCAAGCCACAUCUCAGGAAUCUAUUUUUCCGGGUCUCUUCCCUUACUCUCAUGGGAGUGAAGCUUGUCUUCGUCUUGGAGGGAGAGGCCCCAAAACUGAAAGCCGAAACCAUGAGCCAGAGGACUGCAAACCGAUUUGGAGGGCCCAAAAAAGCUGCUCCCAAACACUCCAUAAACACCAGCAGAGGACACUUCAAGGCUGUGCUCAGAGAGUGUGCAGAGAUGUUGGACUAUCUGGGUGUGCCGUGGGUGACAGCGGCAGGGGAGGCCGAGGCCAUGUGUGCAUACCUGGACUCACAUGGACUUGUGGACGGUUGCAUCACCAACGAUGGAGAUGUCUUCCUGUACGGCGCACGGACCGUCUACAGAAACUUCAAUAUGAACUCUAAAGACCCCCAGGUGGACUGUUACAAGACCUCACGUGUCCAGUCACAGGUGCAUCUCUCCAGAGAGAACCUUGUUGGUCUGGCAAUCCUCCUCGGAUGCGAUUAUAUUCCCAAGGGAAUCCCCUGUGUUGGUAAGGAGCAAGCGCUGAGGCUGAUCCAGACACUGAAAGGACAAACACUUCUGCAGAGAUUCACGCAGUGGAAAGAUGAGGUGACAUGUGUGUCUCAAGGAGUUGUGAAGAAGGUUUCUCACUGCCACUUAUGUCAACAUCCCGGCUCGGCCAAGGCACACGAACGCAGCGGUUGUACGCUUUGUGACAGUCAACGAUUCUGCCAACCUCAGGAUUUUGACUACCAGUGCCCAUGUGACUGGCACCGCUGCGAACGCACUCGCCAAGCACAGUCUGUCGAGACAAAUAUAAAAAGGAAAACCCUAGCAAGUCAACACUUCCCUUUUACUGAGAUUAUCAACGAGUUUUUGAUUUCCAAGGAUAAACCUGUUGCAAACUUCAAGAGGAGGCAGCCAAAUAUGCUUUUAAUGCAGAAAUUUGCACAUGACAAGAUGGAGUGGCCAAAGCACUACACCAGUGAAAAGAUUUUGGUCCUGAUGACUUAUGCAGUGCUGAUAAACAGGACAUGUGGGAGAUCAAUGUCAUCACAAAUCAAGCCUAUUCGAAUAGUGAAACCACGCGUGAGAAACUCAGUGUCUUGCUUCGAAGUCAUCUGGACAACACCAGAUCAUUACGUGUUUCCUGAGGAUCAUCCUGCGGAGGAUCAGCAUGAGGUGAGGUCGGUGGAGGAGGAGUCCCUCUUUAGUGUGGCCUUCCCGGAGGUGGUGGAGAUCUACGUGAGGGACAAAGCUUUGGCUGAAGCAAACAAGACAAAGAAGCGGAAACCAAAGAGCAAAAAGGACAAGCCUUCUGAUGGAUCUGAGGAGAUUUUGGACCUUGUGGCAAAAUUGAGCCUUCAAAGCUUCUCUCCAGAAAAGGCAAGGACACAGACAAAACAAAUAAAAACACCGCCUGGUAUGACUCCAAACAAACCGGAAGUGGUGGUUUUGGACUCGGCUGUAAGCCAUAAACCACAUGAUGAUUGGCCCAGUACGCCUCAGGCUACGCUUUCGCCGUCUGUCUCCGCCGUUAUUGACGCUCUCCAACUUAGUGACAUCAACUGGGAUGCUUUGUCCUUCACGUCCACUCCGCCUCCUCAACCGCCUAAAGCCACGUGUGAUGACGUCAAGGACAAAACAUCAGAACCUCAACCAGACCGCUGUGUCACUGAGUGUCCUCUAAGGGAGAGGCUACUCAUGAGAAAUCCCGCCAAAACCAAGCAACUAAGCUACCUUGAACACAUUCCCUCUCUUAACCCCUCUUCAAAACCAAGUGCAGACAGUUCUAAAGAUAGUGAUGGGAGCAAGACAUCUUUGAGCAAAAAAGAGCUCGAAGAAGCUGCCAAAAGACUGACAAGGACAGACAGAAGACCUCCUCACCAGUAUAAAUGUAUCAUGAAACAGCAGAGGUGCUAUUCUGAUCCAUGUCCAAGUGACAAAGACAGAAAAAUGGCCUCCAAGAAGAGUGUUUGCAUGAGCGUGCCUUCAUCCAGCGACGACAGCGACAUUGAGAACCUGCCGACAGCACCUCGGAGAACCACAAAGCCCUUACACAAGCCCAAGGGAAGGAUCCUAUUAGAAGUCCCUAUGAAACCUGUCCGUGGACCACUUAAAACCACUAGUGGCGGUCGCCAAUCCUCCAAAUGUAUGCAGAUCUUGGAGAAUGCAAUAAACCCUCAGGUAGAAGCAACUGUUGCUGAUCUGUUCCCUCCCACCCCCGUAUCCCCCAUCAUCGUGUUAGAUAGCGAUGAUUCCGUCGUUUUUAGUGGGGACAGCCCUCUGCCUUUGGCAGAGAGACUCAGGCUCAAGUUCAUGCAAUGACAAAAGCAGGAUGCAAAAAGAUGGAAGCUUUGUGGAGGAAUUUGUCAUGAAAUGCAUUUCUACAGUUACGAGUCACUCCAAACAAUAUCUGGUAAACCUGCACAAUCAAAUGGCAUUCAAUACCACCAAAAAUGAGCCUUUACAAAGAUGCAUAUGCUUUAAUUAUGUCCUCCAAAUACAUAUGUCAGGAAAUUAGGGGAAAUUAAAAAAGCAACAAUAAUCAAUACUUGAUUACUUAAUUGGCACUUAAAUUUAUUUUUGUACUGGAAAUUGAGGGAACACAUGAUAAACGCAACUAUAAUAAUUCUGUAAUUGAGGGGACACAUGAUAAACACAACUAUAAUAAUUAUGUGAUUGAGGGGACACGUGAUAAACACAACUAUAAUAAUUCUAGCAGUGAAAGCAGUGAUAUACAUGGGUUUAUUUAUUUCCACCUUUAAUUCGUUAAUUAAAAUAAAUUGUUCAUUAUCUUUUUUUUUUUAAUUGGCAUAAAAUACCUCCAACCCCUCAGUUUUGCUUCACAGACUAAACAUUUGAAAAUAAAAGAAUAAUAUAAAAGACAGAUAGAAACAUAUGUCAGUAUGAUGCAGUGCAGAGCCCACAAUAAUAAACAUCUUGUUAUAUUUAUAGCUCUUUGACACCUGAGCUUUAUUAUUUUCUUCCUUGUAUUGGAUAUCAGAUCCUCCAUUGCCAUUUCAUAAUAACACUUAACAGGCUUCACAUAAUUUUGGCUCCCCAAGAGGAUGCCAAGCCUUUUUUUUUUUCUUUUUUUUUUUACAACUUCUCUGGUAUUGGUCCCCCCUUGAUCAUGAGUGAGGGCUUACACACCUUCUCAGACAUGAAAGGUCUGGCAUGAGCCUGGUGACAGCUGCAUCCUCUUGGCCAAAUUACAACUCGCUGGCUUUAUAUAGGCGUAUUUUUCUUCUAAUAAUAAACACUUAAAGUGCUUUGACAAAUAAGCGGUAAUAAAAACACAAAUAAUCACUAACAUGUUAACUCGCUGUCAGAUUUUGGCGUUUCAGCUGUAACUUUUUUGCAGUUGUUGCUAUAGCCUUAUUUUGCUACACAAAUAAGACCAAAUAUUAUCACCAUCUCAAUUUAAUGUUCAGCAGUUCUGUGUUGUAUUGAAAAUGUUCAUUCUGUAUUGACAUUGUGGGAAUAAUAAUACUUCUUCAAAACUGAGUGGACAUUCCUAGUGGUUUGUAUUUAUUUAUAUAUAUUUCUAGUUGUCUUACCAAGCUAAGUUUAUAAAUCAAUAAAAAAGGCUAGUUUCCCUUGAUAGUAUUUAUCACAUUAAAACAAAUAAUGGACUCUUACUAUUUACAUGCUGUAUAGUUACUUAUAUUAUGUACUUACUGAACUAUUUGACUUGAGGUGGUAUUCAGUUUUGUGUUAUAUUGUUGUCAUGAAACAAUAUAAAUUUAAUAAAAUGUUGGUUGUUUUUAACAUUAUUUUGGCUUUAUCGAUUGCACUCUUUUCAGGCAGCACAAUAUUUUUAACAUGGUUGUCAUGAAAUAACCAAAUAGGUCAUGAAAUACAUAAUUAGCGAUGCAUUACAAUUCUGAUUGUUUUUAUUGUAAUUUUCUUACUUUAUUGCACCCUUUUCACAAACAUCUUUAUGUAGUUGUCAUGAAAUAGAUAAAUAGGGUUAGGGUUAGCUCUGCUUCUUCCUACUCCUUUUCGGGUGUGUUGUAAUGAGAAACUGGAAAUAUGUAAUGCACCCUAUUCCAACUGU